AUGGCGGACAGUCAUAUUGAUGUGCAUGACCACGAUGAUGAACCUACGGAAUCAUCGCCUCUACUCCCGAAACUAGACAAGAAGAAACAAGACGAAGCACCAAAACAGCAACAACAAAGCAGUAGCAACAAAAAAAUGGACACCAUACCACCCCGAAUCAACACAGCCAUCGGUCCACCCAUAGAUAUCAGGCCCAUCAACCCUAGCGGAGGAAUCUCAUUAGGAAACGCCGCGGGACCUACCACCACCAAACCAGUACACACCCCGUCCUGGCCCAUGCCCGCCGGCCUCCCACCCCGCGACAACGACGACGAAAACCUGAUUAUAUUCCGGCGCGCAAUCGGAAUAAACUACGACCUCGCCGCUGCCGACACCGUAAGCAUGGAAGAAGGCCGUCGCCGCGCCGUCGGCAUCUACSGAGCCGUUAUCACAAGCAAGCGAAACAAAAUGUGGCAGUUUCGCGCCAUGUGGUGUGUCAUAUUGUUCUGCCAUUUUGCACAGAUUAUUAUCGGAGCGGCGUUGACGGCGUUGGGCCCGUUGGCAAAUGAUCAUGGUGUUGUGAUUACGAUUUUGGGGGCGCUGAAUACGGUUAUUGCGGGUGUUUUGGCGCUUGUUAGUGGGCAGGGUGUUCCGGAUAGAAUCCAGAAAGAUGAGAUUGGGUAUAGAAAGAUACAGGAUUGGAUUGAGGAGACGGAGUCGUUAUUGUCAGUUGGCAUUAUUGGACGAAACCGAAAGGAGGUCGGAUUGUUGGUGGAGGAGGCAUUCAAAAAAUAUAAUGCGGCGAAAUCGAAUGAGGAGAAUAACAGGCCGAAUUCAUAUAUAAAUGCGCCGGAGGAGCCGUCGAGAGCUAGUGGUAAUGGAGAGGGGAGGGGUGAAGUGUCGACGCAGUCGAUGCCGUGGAAUUGA